AGAAUUAUGUGCUCAGGUUAUUCAACCUUCGACUACCCACAAGUUCAUGUGCUCAGGUUCACUCCUAUAAGACUUCCGCUGUCUUACUAGUCUACCAUUCCAGCAAAGAUCCUGGACCAACACUUGAGGAUUUGCCAAGUGUUUGUGUUUAUAAAUUAUGUGCUCAGGUUAUUCAACCUUCGACUACCCACAAGUUCAUGUGCUCAGGUUCACUCCUAUAAGACUUCCGCUGUCUUACUAGUCUACCAUUCCAGCAAAGAUCCUGGACCAACACUUGAGGAUUUGCCAAGUGUUUGUGUUUAUAGUUUUAUACUUAAUCUACUACAACACCAGACGAUUUAUUUCAAGCACGACGCGGCCGCCAUGGCAGCGCGAGAGGGAGAGGAGGAGUGCGCGGCGGAAGCGCUGGGAGCAGGCCCGGGAAGGGGAACCUGCUCUGAUAUCAUGUCACAAGGACAAGGUAGCUAGGAACUGUAGGAAGCCAUGAAAAUGGCGUGAGGGUUUUAGGCUAGGAAAGUUGACUAGAG